AUGGCAAGUCCAUACUUGAGAAAAGAAUUGGAUCUCACAGACCAAAUCAAAAAUGGAAUUUUCAGAGGUCAGCAGAAUGAUGCCACACCCAGAGCCUUAUCGCUGCCCUUCUCCUCUGGAGCCCUUGAUCAGGAUUGUUCAGUUGUUUGUUCACAAAGACCAAACCCUGGAGGAGGUUGUGGCAGAAGGUCUAACAAUAGAUACGUGGUGAAGGAUGAUGCUGGGAAUAAAGUUUUAGAUAUUUGUGAAGAGAAUGAGUGGUGUACCAGGCAAUGCUGUGGUCCAGCACGCUCCUUCAUAAUGAGUGUUAUGAACAACUCAAAUCAUGAGGUCAUCAGGCUGGUGCGACCAUAUGUUUGCAACUGCUGCCAAAAUGAGCUGGAGGUUCAGUCACCACCGGGGAUUGCCAUUGGAAAUGUUCGACAGAACUGGCAUUUUUGCAGAGCUAAAUUCACUGUUGAGAAUGAACAAGGUCAACCAGUGUUUAAGAUUGUGGGUCCAACUUGUACCUGCUGCACGGAUGAGAAUUUUGAGCUGAUGUCUUUGAAUGGGGCAGUGAUAGACAGAUCAGUUGGCAAGAUCUUCAAACCUUUCACGUAUAGUGGGCCAAAUGCGGCUGCAGAUUUUGUGCUGAAAUUUCCAAGCAGACUGGAGGUCAAACUGAAAGCAGUUAUAUUGGGAGCCUGCAUACUUAUUGACUGCAUGUAUUAUGAAAAGAAGUGAUUUUGCUUUUCACAAAAGUGAAAUUGGUCUCCGAAGGAAGACACAGAAGAAAAUGAGCUCUUCAGACCAUUCUGCAAAUCAAGCCAUAGCUUUAGAUACAUUUUUCUCCAUUAUGCAAUAAAUAUCUGAAUAUUGUUUUUCUGACUUUUUUGUCCAUAACAUCUCCAUGCAGAGUCCUAUAAACCUCACCAUACCCCCUCAGUGCUAAACUGUACCUUUUAAGAUACAAGGGCCGUCGGUAAUGCUUUACAAUAAGGUUGUAUUUGUUAAAGGGGUCAUGACAUGAAAAAAUGUCUUUUGAUAUUUAAGAGGUCAUUGUACUAUAAAAACAUACUGUAAGUUUCAGAACUCAAAACUUCCUCCUCACAGCAAAAAGAACAUUUUGUUGAAACCACGCUGCCAAAACGACUCGUUCUCUACUUCCUCCAUAUUGCGAUGUCACACCAUGGUAGACAUUUGUACCUAACCGCCUCCACAGCACAUCAAAGCCUAAUUUACCUUGUCACUUCUGUAGCCCACCAGUAGCGGUGAGCAGUGAGAUGGCAAGGAGAGAAAGCGGGUCAGUCAAGAGCAGAGAGCCAAUCAGAACAGUGGGCAUGUACUAUGAAGUCUUAAAAGAGAAACAGCACUAAAACUGAGUGUUUCUGAAUGAGGGUGGAAAAUUAUCAUGUUUUACAAAUAUAUGACUGUUUUUUGUGCAACUAACUUUGCUGAUAUUAUAAGUGAACCUCAAGGAACAUAUUAAAAUAAUAAAAAAAGGCAUGUCAUGACCCCUUUAACAUUAGUAAAUGCAUUAGGUAUCAUGAACUAAAAACAAACUAUAUAACUAUAUUGCUUAAAUUGAUCAAAGAAAACUGCACAAAUCUCUGUCUUGGCUUCUAAUACAAUUGAAAACUUUUAUUGCAGCACUUUUUGCUAAUGUUGUAUCCUUCCUCGUUUUGUAAUUCGCUUUGGAAAGUAUCUAGACUUGGAAUCUGCAUAAUGCUUCUCUGUCUUUAAGGACUUAAAGUGCCCUGUUUUCUUUUUUAUUUAUUAAUUUUUUUGUCAUUUUUGCAUUUUUGACUUUAACACAUUACAUUACAUUUAGUUUCUAUUAUGAUAUGGAAAACCCUGAAUUUAAUAUGUGAUACAGAUAGGUCAUAUAUAUUAUACAUAAUGUGCUGUACCCAUUCAAUCUUGAAGUCUACAUAUAUAUUCAGAAUAGCCAAAGUAACCCAGCAAUUUUGUCAUGUUUCCCCUUUUUAAACAUUAUUGGCUGUUAAGGGGUUUAAAAACCAACAAAAGAUAUAUGCUUUUAAUUACUGCAGAGUUGUAUAAUUUUGUCAGUCAGUAGCCUGGCAACCUCUACACAUGGUGUUCCCCAGUGGUGUAGAGUGUCACUGGUGUAUUGUUAGUUCACAUUAUGUAAGAGAAGAGAGAAUCUGAAUAAGUGUGAAAAAAUGUUUUUGCACACCAGUGCUGAUGCCUCUGACUCAUUUAUUGAAAUAGCUUGGUAAAAACACAUUAAAUGUGCACUUAAGACUGAUUCACUGCCUUUAAUGCUGCUUUAUUCUUCCUGAACAUUGUGCACUGAAAUGUUAAACAAAGACUUUGUGUCAAGUGAAACAGUCUUGGCUGCUGUUAUGAAUUCUUGCAUUCAAACGUGAUACUUUUCAAGCAAAGGCUGCAAUAUGCUGGCUUUUUUUUUUUUUCUCAUACAAAGUUAGUGUAAAUGGCUCCUAGUGAAACACAAUACGUUCACACCUUCAGCCGUGUACUGACACCCCCAGCCAAGCUGAGUGAAAGAACACAUGAAUAAUUUCUAUGUUACUCACAGUUUUGCUGACAGCUUUGUUGUGUAAAUCCUGAGCAAGUAGUGUA